CAUUUUGUGCAUCAAAAUAAAGGAAUUUCGUUCCGAAAUUGAGAAAUUACUCCUUUUAAUUACAGAAAAAGUGACAAAAACGACAAAAGACAAUAAUAUUCAUUCAUUAAAUAUCAGGAAAUGUGUUGAAAAGUCAAAAUUUACAUAAAAAUUUAGAAAAACAAAUUUGGUCCAUUGAGAAGAGAAGAGCAGCUGCAUCCAUCCGAGAUAAUAAUAAAUCAUCAAACAAACCGUGAAAUCUAAACAAUUGUAAACAAUGUCUGUGGCAACGGAUGAACGAGCAAUUUACGCCAAACUCGAGGCAAUGAAAGAUAUUCGAGCAAAAACGGUUCAACUCGAGAAAAUCAAGCUCCGUAUUGUACGUGAAGUUGAAAAUGGGGAUGCUGAGGAAAAGUGCCUUGCCGAAUAUCGACGCGAAUUGGAGCUUUUGAUGCAGGAAAAAAUGAGUCAUGUCGAAGAAUUGCGACAAAUUCACGCCGAUAUCAAUGCUAUGGAAACUGUCAUAAAACAAGCAGAAGAAAGUCGCCAACGCAGCAUUCAAAUGGCUCAACGUUAUCACGAAGACUUUGCUCCGCUGAAAAUGGAAGUUGACACGAUGCGUCGUGAUUAUUUGGGUCUCGAUCGUCUUCCGGAUUUGCAUGAAGAAGAGGGUUCUAUCAUUGCGCCAGAUCGCUUUCAGAAUUAUUAUUCGUCAAAGUCGUCAACAAUUCCGUCUUCAAGUUAUUCUCGACCUCCGUUAACUUCGCAUCCGAUCGCUUCAAAUCAAGAAAAUCCCGUUCAACUUCCGCCAUCAAAUGCAGGAUCAGGAUUUUUGCCUCCUCCGGGACCAAUGAGAUUGAAUAAGCCGCCGGAAAUUAACAGAUUGUCGACUCAACCGCCCUCGAUUGGAAUGGCUCAUCCUACGUUCAGGUCUGAUUUUAAUGUCAAUUUGAGACAACAACCCCCGCCGAUGAAAUCUUGCUUGUCUUGCCAUCAACAAAUCCAUCGUAAUGCUCCAAUUUGUCCCUUGUGUAAAGCCAAAAGUCGUUCUCGCAACCCGAAAAAGCCAAAAAAGAAGGAACAUUAAACGAGAAUUGACUGAAAAACGAACGCAUGAACGAAAAAUGGACAGAAAACGAUCAAACUUAGUACUAAUUUUUUUAUUCAACCUACUUUUAAGAUAUAUAACCCCCGUAGAAUUUAGAAAAUUAGCUUUUAGGAAAAAAAAUGUCUCAAUUUUGAAUUUUUCAGUAUUUUAUCCCACAAUUUUAGUACUUAAGAUUUUUUUAAAUCAUUUUUUUUUAUGUCAGAAGCGAGUCUUCUGUUUUAUUUUUAACAAUUAUGUAACUUUUUGA